AUGGAGCAAUCUAAGUCGAUGUCGAUGUGCACCCCGGAGACGCCGCAGGUCACCCAUGUGUUCGACAUCUUUGGUUACAGCAAGCGCAGAGGCAUGGGCAACGAGAAGUUCAUCAGGUCCGAUACUUUCUCCGCCGGCGGCUACGACUGGUCCAUCCGCUUCUACCCGGACGGGUUCAGCAAAGAGGUGCUCGACAAGGAUUUCAUCACAGUUUAUCUCGAGCUCAUGAGCACGGGCGUCAAGGUGCGGGCAUCCUGUGACCUGAGGUUACUCGAUCAGCGCACCGGGCAGUCGUCUUCGGUGCACAAGACAGAGUUGAGGACCUUCAACCCAGCUGACGGCACUAGGUUUUUUCCCCGGACCAAUGAAUUCAAAAAGAAAAGGGAUGUCGAGUCCGCGUUCCUUUUGAACGAUCGCCUCAUGAUCGAGUGCAUCGUCACUGUCAUCAAAGAGCCGCGCGUGACCGAAUCCAAACCGUUCCCCAAAAUCGAGGUGCCGGUGCCACCCUCCGAUAUCACCGAGCAUCUCGGCAAGCUUUUGGAAGACGAUGAGGGAUUCGAUGUCACUUUCUGUGUUCGAAGAAAGGCCAUCGGAGCUCAUAGGUCCAUACUCGCCGCCCGGUCACAUGUCUUCAAAGCGGAGCUCUUCGGGCCGAUGAAGGAGGCGAGGACACUGCGGCGCGUUACCAUCAAAGACAUGCAACCCGAUGUUUUCAGCGCCCUACUCCAUUUCAUUUAUACAGACUCUUUGCCUGAUGGUGAUAAGAAUGCUGACAUGAUCCGGCAUUUACUAGUGGCUGCAGACAGAUAUGCCAUGGAGAGGCUCAAGCUGGUUUGCCAAAGUAUCCUUUGCCAGAAUCUGAACGUCGACACCGUGGCAACCACAUGGGCUUUGGCUGACCAGCAUAGCUGCGACAAGCUUAAGGAUGCUUGCCUUGAGUACAUCGCUUGUUCGAAUGCCAUGGAUGCUGUGGUGGAAACCCAAGGCUAUAAGAAUCUCAAAGUGACUGACCCGUCUCUCAUAGUGGAUCUGUUGGAGAGUACAAAAAAGAUUCGCAAUGCAUGA